AAGAAAGACAGUUUCCAUGGGCUUCUCACCUGUGGAACUAAUUAUCUCGACAAAGAUAGAGCAUCACCCUCUUAGCUUCUGCUCCUUUCCUAACAGACCAGCUGUGCUGCAACAUCUGAACGAGACUCCUAACAAGGAACCUGCAGGAUGCCGAGCCAGCUCGAGGGUGCCAUGGGUGCACUGAUAACAGUUUUCUACAACUACUCUGGGAACGAAGGAGAUAAACACAAGCUAAACAAAGGAGAGCUGAAGGAGCUUCUUCACAGUGAGCUCACAGACUUCCUCACGUCUCAGAAAGAUCCAAUGGUGGUGGAGAAAAUCAUGAAUGACCUGGACUCCAACAAAGACAACGAAGUGGAUUUCAAUGAGUUUGUGGUGUUGGUAGCAGCGCUGACCGUGGCCUGUAACGACUUUUUCCAAGAGCAGAGCAAGAACAAAAAGUAGACCAAAAACCUGCCGAAAACCAGAUGUACAACUCAGAUCUGUUUUCUUUGUUCUCACGUCUGAAUAUGUUGUAGAUUCACAUGUAAAGCUGGAUUUAUCUAAACGGUUGUCUUAUAGUAAAAUCAGUGUUUAGAAAGUGAAAGUGACCUUUCCGUGGGUUAUCCCAUGUAUAGUUUUUGUCAUUAAACUGUGUUUUUCUCAGACUUCUUUGCUUAAAACAGCACUGAAUAUUUGUUACAGUUAAUUAAUUCAGCGACAUUUUUCUCUAAAAAUCUUUAUCAUCUAAAAGUGUCUCCAGAUCCGGAUUAGCAUAAUGUCCCAACGGAUGUCCUAGCUGAAACUUGCCUUUCUGCUCAACUUUAAAUGUCAGAUGUUUAUUAUCUACCCUGAUGGUUUAGUAGACAGGAAGUAUUUUUGUCCUCUGUUUUUCUGUCUUUCCUCCAGAGAAAUGAUUUUCCUACAGUGCUUUGCGGAGUUAAGAGUCAUGGAAAAAGAAGCAAGUAAAUGUCUUUACCCAGGUGUUUCAGUGAUGAUUGUACAUUCUCUGUAUCUUUUAUUCUCUUUGUGUGUUAAGAAACAUAUUCACAUUUGAAUGGAUUUUGUUUAUGAAUCUUUAAAUAAAUGGAUUUGCAUUUGUUCCCCACAGCUGCCGAAGAUGUUGAGCAGCACUGAGUUGAAACUAAAAGCAAUAAAUGAAGAGCCCUGAAUCCUCUGGGAGUUUUUCUUCCAGUUAUGUUUAGGAGGCCUAAACAAAAUUUUGUUCAAAUGUUUACAAAAAUAAAAAAUAUCAGGACACAGCUACAAAUUUACAAAUGUGAACAGAUGUAAAUGAAAAAAAUAAAUGGUAAAUGGCCUGUAUUUGAUAUAGCACCUUCUACAGUCCUGGAACCCCUCAAGGCGCUUUACAACGCAAUCAUUCAUUCACCCAUUCACACACACAUUCACACUGGUGGUGAUGAGCUACGAUGUAGCCACAGCUGCCCUGGGGCGCACUGACAGAGGCGAGGCUGCCGAGCACAGGCACCACCGGUCCCUCCGACCACCACCAGCAGGCAAGUUGGGUUAAGUGUCUUGCCCAAGGACACAACGUCAGCGACACACUGAGCGGGGCUCGAACCUGCAACCUUCCGAUUACGGGGCAAGUGCCACCGUAAUGUAAGUAAGACAAAAAUAUAAAACAUGUUAAAUAAAAAUCCGAAACUCUAGCAUCGAGUGUGAAAGGACUUCAUUUGUUUAUAAUCCAUCCAUCUAUUUCUUUAUGGCUUUAUCCUCACUAGAGUUGGUGUCCUCAGUUUAGAGGCAGGAGGAACCUGGACGGGUCAUCAGUCCAUCAAAGGGACACACAGACUUACACUACUGUAACUCUCUUUUCACGUGUCUGAGCAGAACCUCCCUGAACCAUCUACAGGUGGUUCAGAAUGCCUGUGCUCGGCUUCUGACCAAGUCCUCCAAACACACCCACAUCACCCCGCUUCUCCUCCAGCUUCACUGGCUGCCAGUCAACUUCAGGGUUCAUUUCAAGAUCCUGGUUCUGGUCUAUAGGGCCUUACAUGGACAAUCGCCAUCUUAUACUGGUGAUCUUCUUAGUCCCUACACCCCCAGUAGUAGCAACGGCUCAUCCAUAGGUGGCCCUAGAGCGCCGCUCCACCAGUCUCACAGGAAGGAGAAGAAGAUACAAAAUAUAAAAAAAAAACAUGCAAAGUAAGAUAAACGAUCAAGUGCUGUGUAUAAUCUGCAUGUAAGUGUAGUUUUAAAAUGUUCUCUCACACUUUUGCAGUAACUGAAUUGUCUUGUGAUGUAUUUCCUGUUCCUUUCGGGGGCAGCCAUCGGCCGUGUUCGAGAUGAGCCAGUUCUGCGCAGAUUCGAUCACCGGUGAUCGGCGCGCAGUGCAUGCCGGUUAGAUUUGUGUCCGACUUGACGCCGACUUGCUCUGACGUCAUGCCUACGUAGGCAGCAAUAACAUCGUGAGAUCAAGGCAGCCGCAGAUUUUGGAGCAAGGCGCUGCAGUUGCUCUCC